UACUUUGGUACUCAAGGCGACUAUAACGCUCUAGUUAUGGAUUUGAUGGGUCCCUCUCUUGAAAGUCUCUUUGAGAUGUGCGACAAGUUGUUUUCCCUACAAACAGUUAGUAUUUUGGGCUUGCAAUUGGUAAAGUAUUGUAGACUAUAUUUAUUUGAUAUGGGCACCGACAAUACUGUCAUGGGGGUGGACGGUGAUGAGAACAAGGUUUACCUUAUUGAUUUUGGGCUAUCAAAAAGGUUUAUGGUUAGUGGAAAACAUUCAAGUUGCAGCAACAAUUUUUUACUGUUAUUUGUUAUCUAUUUUGUUUCUACCACUGACAAUCUCACUUAUGUUGAUAUAGAACAAUCGGUCCACAGUGACCUAGAGGCUUUAGGCUAUGUCUUGUUGUAUCUCACGACGAGAACGCUGCCAUAG